AAGACAAAAGAUUUCGUUUCCCUCUCUCCUCUCUCUCAAAUCAGAGAAAAAAAGCAAAACAAAAAAGCUCAAAAUGGCUCCGACGAUAAGAACCGUCGCAAUUUACUCUACUCACCAAGAGCACUCCGUCGAUUUCUUUGGAAACGAGCUGAUCGUCACCGUUCUCUACGACGACGAUCCUUCACAGGUUGGCUACUACGACGAUCCUCCGCCGCCGCCUAGCUACUACGACGAUCCUCCAGCAGACACUCUCCAGUUAUGUGUGGGUAAACGAUGUCUAAUAAUCCAGCUAUCUCACUGUGACCGUGUCCCCGACGAGCUCCGCAGAUUCCUCUUGGAUCCAGAAAUGAUCUUCGUCGGCGUCUGGAAUCACCAGGACGCAGAGAAGCUAGCACGGCAGCUUCUUGACAUAAGGAACUAUGUUCAAGAUUCGCAAGGCUGGAGCAUGAGGGGUUGUUCGUUUGAAGAGAUUGUGCAGGAAUGUAUGGGUUACCAAGGAGUGAGGCUAGAUCCGGAGAUAAGCAUGAGUGAUUGGAGCGUUUACGACCUUUGCCUUGAUCAGAUACUUCAGGCGUCACUGGAUGUUUAUGUUUGCUCCGAGCUCGGUGUUUGGGCUCGUCUCUGGGAAGUUUGA